GUUUAUCAAAUACGACAUUAACAAGAGAGAAAAAAUUUCUUUGGAAUACACACAUUUAAAAAAAAUUAAAAAAAGAGAAAAAAAAAUUGUGAUUUUCUUUCUACGUAGUAUAUAAUAUUUGGUCCUUGGCCGUCCUAUCUUCUAACAAGGCAUUUUUUUGUUAUCUCUUAUUAUGUUGUAAGAGCAAUUGAGCUAAGUCAUUAGAAUACCAAGUAAGAAAACAAGCAAAAAUGACGAGCAAAGGCGAAAAAUUCCCUCCACAAUCGCAGGAUUCUCAACCAGGAAAGCAAUAUUUGAUGAAUCCACUUCCAAAAUCUGUCAAUCCUCAAUAUAAACCAUCCAAAAAGCUUCAUGGAAAGGUGGCAUUAGUAACAGGAGGUGAUUCAGGAAUAGGAAGAUCAGUUUGUUACUACUUUGCACUCGAGGGCGCAACCGUGGCAUUCACCUACGUUAAAGGGCCAGAGGAUAGAGAUGCCGACGAUGCCUUGGCUUUGAUAAGAGAGGCGGCCAAAGAAAAUGAUGCAGGUGAACCUAUUGCCAUUCCAGCCGAUCUUCGCCUAGGUGAAGAUGAAUGCAAGAGGGUGGUUGAUAAGGUGGUUAGCCACUUUGAACGCAUCGAUGUCUUGGUGAAUAACGCAGGAGUAGCAUACUAUACUGAGAGUAUCGAAGAUAUCACAGAGGAACAACUAAGGAUGUCAUUUGAAAUCAACUAUUUCGCCAGUUUCUUUUUAGCGAAGCACUCCGUAAAGCAUAUGAAAGAAGGAAGCAGCAUCAUUAAUACAGCCUCUGUCACAGCAUACGGCGGUGGCGAAACAUUUGUUGACUACAGCAGCACCAAAGGAGCUCUUGUAAGUUUUACAAGAAGCCUCGGUCUCCAACUCAUCAAACGAGGAAUACGAGUAAAUGGGGUAGCACCAGGCCCCAUUUGGACUCCCAUUCAGGUUGCUUCUUCAUUGCCUGUUGAACAGGUUGAGAAUAUAGGUUCAUAUGCGCCUAUGGGUAGAGCAGGGGAGCCAUUUGAAGUUGCUCCAUCUUAUGUAUUUCUUGCAAGCAACGAGUGUUCAUCCUAUUUCACAGGCCAAGUCCUCCAUCCGAAUGGUGGAGAGGUCAUUAAUGGAUGAUCCAGGUACGUGAACACGAGAGGGGUACGCCUAUGAUCAAACAUAAAAUAAAUCUAUGCAUGCUAAAUUGCUAAUAAAGAAGAUGCCUAUUAAGAUAUGGUUCGUUGUGAAUGUGGCUAGCUUACUGAUUCAAGGUGCUUAUUGUUAUCUAUUCGACACAGAAGGUGGCUGCUUCGUCUAUGUGUUUUGUGUUUACUUUGGCCUUGUAUGUGUAAUUGUUAUCCUUAUAAAACAUGCUUUUAAAGUUUCAA